AUGUUCGCUCGUACCGCCACCGCUGCUCUCCGCCAGGCUGCCCGCCGCCAGGGUGCCAUCGCUGCCCGCGCCUUCUCGACCUCGUCGUCGCAGACCGCCCGCUCCCUCGGUGCCCGCUUCGGCACUGCUGCUGCCGCUGCCGCCAUCGCCACUGCCGGCUACACCAUCUACUCUGCCCAGACGCCGAUCCAGGCAGACAACGCUCUGCCGGUCUACGGUGCCCCCGGCACCAGCAAGGAGCGCACCUUCAUUGCGGUCAAGCCCGACGGAGUGCAGCGCAACCUUGUCGGCGAGAUCAUCUCGCGUUUCGAGCGCCGCGGCUACAAGCUGGUUGGCCUGAAGCUGCUGGUGCCGCCUGUCGAGCUGGCCAAGGAGCACUAUGCGGAUCUGUCGUCGAAGCCGUUCUUUGCUGGCCUUGUUGACUACAUGACCAACGGCCGCGCGCCGGUUGUCGGCAUGGUCUGGGAGGGCCCCUCGGUCAUCAAGCAGGGCCGCAUCAUGCUUGGCGCUACUGACCCGAAGAACUCGGGUACCGGCACCAUCCGCGGUGACUUCUGCCUGAGCAUUGGCCGCAACAUCGUCCACGGUAGUGACAGCGCCGAGAGCGCCGAGAAGGAGAUCUCGCUGUGGUUCGGCGGCAAGGGUGAGGUCGUUAACUGGACCUCGAACAACGAGGAGUGGGUUAUCUCUGAGAACUAA